CGUGAAAAGGUGCCGAGAUAGGCUGGUAUUUUUUGGGGGAUCGACAAGUGCUGAACUUUACAAAAGACUAUACUUGGCAGUAUUUCAUUCAAUCUGGCAUUUUCUUCAGCUGUUUUGCGACAAAUGGACUAUUUUGUAUCGCACUAUAAUUCGCAGUAGUUCGUGAAACGGUCCCAAGAUAGGCUGGCAUUUGGGCUCGAAAAGUGCUGAACUAUACAAAGAACGAUACUCAGCAGUAUUUCGUUUGAUUCCGGCAUUUUUUCGGCUACUUUGUAUUCAACGAUGGCUUUUUUGUCCGUGGUCAUUUAGUUUUCAACGAGCCAGGGGAAGCUUUUCUGCAUCUGGUGCUUAUAAUAAUACUAGUGAUGAUUGAAACUGUUUUACAGUGAACUUUAUAAGUUCGCAGUUGAGCUCGUUCGAUCGGGCAUUUCCAUCAGCUGUUUUACGAUAGUGACUUUAUCGUUGGUAAAUUGUUUUCAACGGACCGGGGAUAGCUUUUCUGCAUCCGGUUCUUUUUAACUUUGGACAGAAAAAGAGCGGUGAAAGUUUUACAGUGAACUUCUCGAUCGGGCAUUUUCUGUAGCCGUUUUGCUAGUGAUCUUUGGGUAAAUUUUGGUUUAAUUCAACGAGCCAGCUAGGGAAAUCUUGUCUGCAUCCGCUGUUAAUUGUAACUUUGGACAGGAAAAAAAAAGAGUUUUUAAUAUACAUAGGGGGCCUACAGUGAACUUACUUCGCAUGAGUUUCUUCGUCAGGCAUUUUAUUCAGCUGUUAUCAGUGAUAGUGCUAUCCUUGGUCUAUUUUUUCAACAACCCAUGUCAGGGCGAAAGCUUUUCUACCCCGGUGCUACUACAUUUGAAGAAGAAAAAAAAAUACCAGUGGAACUACUGAAUGUAUCUACGGUAGUGCAGUGGUGCAGACGUGUAUAAACAAUUGGACAUCAUUAACACUGAAUUCAACAUUUCAAAUUAUACGACCACUAUGAAUACAAUAAAGGCAACAGGUAUGGUAACCGGCAUGUUGACCAUCACAACCGAUAUGGGAAUAAACGGCACGGAAAGUAAUGCAUUCAUUAUGCCCUUAGCAGGGUACAUAGGAAUAAGUGCGGGUGCAGCGGUCGUACUCAUACUGCUCAUCAUAGUUACAGUGUUCGUUUUGCACACACGACUGGCUAAACGACGAAGAGUGGCCCAGGCGGGCACCCCAGCACCCCCAGGUGACCAGACUACCAACAGCAACACCAAUGACGGUCAACGACUGGUCACUGAUGCUUGACGACCUACAGCAAGAUGGCAUGGUUCCCUGUCUCUCUUACUGCAUGCUGGUGCGAUAAUGUGAGGGUAAAAUCAUUAACCAUGCACUAUGUCCCCCUUCCCGUCCCCCUUCCCCUCCCCCGUACGGCAAACUGUGGGUGCGUUCGUUUAGCUUACCU